GGAAGUCAGAGUGUCCCAGUUUAGUCAACUGGGACUGAAACUGGAGCGCUGCAGUGAUGAUGGUUCUGCCCAUGGACAGGAUGCUGAGUCGGUACUUUGUUCUCUGGUUUGGAUGCCGGUACUGGAUCCACAUCUCUUCCUCUUCACUUCGUUUGGAAUAUCAGGCUGAACAGCCGUUUCCUCCGUAAACAUUAAGAUUCAGGUUUCUGACGCGUCUCUGAACAGAAGAGCCCAAAAAAUAUAAAAUAUAAAAUGAAAACAGAAACAGAAAACAGUUUGAUCCAAUGUGAUCCAGUGAUCCUGUUCGGUUCAGAUUCUGUCCUCAAACAUGUUCAACUCUGUCCUGAGCUGGAGGUUUUCUCAGCUCUUAGGGUGUGUGUCACACACCCUCACACACACACACACACACACACACACACACACACACACACACACACACACACACGCCCGCACACACAGCAGGUCAAAGGUCACUGCAGGUAGAAAUGGUUAUAUUAUGAUGUAAAGCGCUUUGAGUCGUGUUGUUGCUAAUAUGCUGGACAGAAAUGAAUCCCAGCCUGAUGUAUCAAAGGUCAUGACCUCUGCUGCCUCCAUCCCACCUGAUCAGUGUGAGCUUCAUGACUCCAUCAGCCUCCAGGAAACCACAGACCUCCAUGCUGCAUUCAUGAUCUCAGGAGAUCUCAGCAGCUGCAGCUCAGACUGAAACACUGAAGACUUUCAGCAAGACGACGUCCCAACAAACCAGGAGACCCACUGGGAGAGAUGGGAGCUUUCAGACAUGAUGUCUGCAGAGCUUCCUUCAGACCUACUUUGGACCUUCACAGCACAUUUCUGAUGGUUCUGCCAAGGAUCCACUCAGAACCUCACAGCAACUUCAGCAGGACGGUUCUGAUCUGCUGACAUUAUGACCGUCUCCUUCUCAUUCAGACACUUUUUAAAUCUGCAUCCAGUCAUCAGUUGAUUCUGAGGAAAACAUGGAGAUCUGGACCGGUUCUGCUCAGCUGACCCGGUCAGCAGCAGACAGGUUUCUGCAGUGUGUGUGUCGGAGCGAAGGCUCAGUCUAAUCUAACCCGAUCUUUGGUUCUGGAUCCAAACUCGAUGUAACUGGUGAUCCGGUAGUGAAGCCCAUGGUGAGCGUGUACCCAGCAGCAUCCAGCGCCCGGCGGGGCAGGAGGGGCUUCCUGCUGUGUCUGGCCUCAGGCAUGUUUCCUCCUGAGGUCAAGUUCUCCUGGAAAAGACUGGAGGACGAUGGAGAGAAAGAUCUGACCUCUGAAGAGCAGCUGGAGCUCAGAGAGCCGAACCGCACCGCCUCCAUCUUACUGGUGGACCGGGAUCUUCUCAGCACAUCUAGAUACCGCUGCUCUGUGCAGCAUGAGGGGGGCCCAGUGGAGGCCCCUACAACACAAGACACCCAGAACCCACAUGUGUCGGUUAAGGAGGAAGCUGCUACCGUCCAGGAGAGAAGGUCCAGUCAUGAGGAGGACGAAGCUGAAUCUCAGUUUACUGAUACUUUUGUUAAAGUCAUUUCUUCCAAUGCAACUGAAGAGGAACAGAUGGAACCAGAACCUCCACUGACUGAAGAACAUUGGGAACCAGGAUCUAUAUGGAUCAAAGAGGAAGAGGAGGAGGCACAAUCUCCGGUGUUUAAUUUUGAACAGCAGGAACCAGAACCAGAACCUUUACCGACCAGGCAGAACCAGAAGCACGUCUGCAGCAGUCAGGAGGGAGAACAGCUGGACCAGAAGCAGUUUGCUGCUUUGAUGGAGACUUUCACACUUCAGAGACGGGAUCUGAGUGACGGAGAGCCAAGUGAGCCUCCUUCCUUUUCUCCUGAAGCCGAGAGCAGAGACCAGGAAGGAAGCAGCUCCACCGUGUCAGAGAAUCAGUCCCACACCGACACCAGAACCGGGCCUUUCAGCUGUGGUGUGUGUGGGAGAUUACUGAAGAAUAAAUACGACUUAAAACAGCAUUACAUGACCCACACUGGAGAAAAGCCUUUUACUUGUGAAACAUGCAGUAAAAGUUUUGCUAGACGUUCUCAAUUAAAUGUUCACUAUAGAACCCACACCGGAGAAAGGCCUUUUACUUGUCCGAUAUGCAAGAAAAGUUUCUUUCAAAUUGGUCAUUUAAAUGUCCACAAGAACAUUCAUACAGGUGUGAGGCCUUUUUCUUGUGAAACAUGUGGGAAAAGUUUUACUAGACGUUAUUUAUUAAAUAUUCACCGGAGAAGCCACAUGGGUGAGAGGCCUUUCUCAUGGGAGAGCUUUAUGAAAAGCUUCUAGAAUAAAACAUGUUUAGAUCAACAUGGGAAAGACACACUGCCUUUCCUGUGUAGGUUUGGAGUAAACAUGUUUUCACUCAAUCCAAAUAUCUCCAACAAUUCAUUUUCUCUAAGUUAAAUGUGAACCAGAAAACCCACAGAGGUGGAAGAAGCUUAUUUGAUGCUUUUAGGCUGAAUUUCCACAUGAAACAAAAACCCAGAGGUGAAGAGAGGUCGUCCAUCUGUCCAGCUGCUGAAGCUUAGUCCAAAUACUGUCAUCAACAUAACUGCAGAUCUACAACAGGAAGGAUCAAACUAAUGUAUUGUAGAGUUGAAAUGGCCUAAUCAAAGGCUGGAUUUCAACCUUAUUAUAUCCUGAUGUUCAGAAUUGGAUGUUUGUAAAUAAAUGAUCUACAGUGGGGUUGUAGAGGAAACUGAGGAAACAUUUCUCCACACCAACAAUGUUAAACUUACUUUUGGUUGAUUUCCUCAAUCUGAAGUUUAAUUUCAUAACUUUGUUUUAAACUUUAAAACUUUGUUUUAAAGUUCAUAAACUACUGAUGGUUGCUGUUGACAACAUUGUUCAUUUGAUUUUUCAAUGUUUUUCUUAACUUUUGAGUUUAUUCCAUUUAUUGAUAAAUGUAUUUUAGACUUUUACUGUGAAAACCAAAAUGUCUGAAUAGUUUAGCAGUUUUUUACUUUGUUUUUCAAUAAGAUAAACAUUUGGUUUCAUAAUGUUGAAUUUAAACAGGAAUUAAAUUUGUUUUGAUUGUAAUUGUUGCUGCUGUGGUUUUUACAGGACAGCAGAUGUGAAGGAUGUGUUCAUAUAUGAUGAAGUAUAGAUAUGGUAAUGUAGAAGUGCUGUCUGGAUUUACAGAUCUAGUUGUAAUAGUUCUACGGUUUGGAUGAGAUUUAUUCUAAUUUGUCCACAAAUCUUUGUGCUGCGAUGUGUUCUUGGUUUUAAAUAAAGCCUCUGCUGUUCACCUGAA